CAGAACGGCCGCACCGUUCCGAGCCUCCGGAGGCCGGCGCAGCUGCGUCAAGAUGGCGGCGGCGGUAGCGGCAGCGGCGGCGGCGGCGGCCGCAGCAGCAUCCCUUCAGGUGCUGGAGAUGGAGAGCAUGGAGACGGCCACCACUGGAACAGCAGGGCUGGCGGCCGAGGUCCGAGGCAGCGGCACCGUAGACUUCGGGUCCGGGCCCGGGAUCUCUGCCAUGGAAGCCGGCGGAGGCGACCCGGGCCCCGAGGCCGAGGACUUCGAGUGCAGCUCCCACUGCUCCGAGCUCUCCUGGCGGCAGAACGAGCAGCGUCGCCAAGGCCUCUUCUGCGACAUCACCUUGUGCUUCGGCGGCGCCGGGGGUCGCGAGUUCCGGGCCCACCGCUCGGUGCUGGCCGCCGCCACCGAGUACUUCACGCCUUUGCUCUCGGGCCAGUUCUCCGAGUCCCGCUCCGGCCGGGUGGAGAUGCGUAAGUGGAGCUCGGAGCCGGGGCCCGAACCCGACACCGUGGAGGCCGUUAUCGAGUACAUGUACACCGGCCGCAUCCGGGUCAGCACCGGCAGCGUGCACGAGGUGCUGGAGCUGGCCGACAGAUUCCUGUUAAUUCGUUUAAAAGAAUUUUGUGGAGAAUUUCUCAAGAAAAAACUUCAUCUUUCAAAUUGUGUGGCCAUUCAUAGCUUAGCUCACAUGUACACCCUGAGCCAACUUGCUCUGAAAGCUGCCGAUAUGAUACGGAGGAAUUUCUACAAAGUCAUUCAGGAUGAGGAAUUUUAUACUUUACCCUUCCAUCUCAUUCGAGACUGGCUUUCUGACUUGGAAAUUACUGUUGAUUCGGAAGAGGUUCUCUUUGAAACAGUUUUGAAGUGGGUUCAGAGAAAUGCUGAAGAGCGAGAGAGAUACUUUGAAGAACUUUUUAAAUUGCUCAGGUUGUCCCAGAUGAAGCCUACCUACCUCACUCGUCAUGUCAAACCAGAGAGGCUGGUGGCCAGUAAUGAAGUUUGCGUCAAGCUGGUGGCUGAUGCGGUGGAGAGGCAUGCUCUGAGAGCUGAGAACAUACAAUCUGGCACAUUGCAACAUCCUGCUUCUCAUGUGUCAUUAUUACCCCGUUAUGGGCAAAACAUGGAUGUGAUCAUGGUUAUUGGAGGUGUGUCUGAAGGAGGAGACUAUUUGAGUGAAUGUGUGGGAUAUUUUGUUGAUGAGGAUAGAUGGGUAAACCUGCCCCAUAUUCACAAUCAUCUUGAUGGGCAUGCUGUCGCAGUAACAGAAUCCUAUGUGUAUGUUGCCGGAUCAAUGGAACCAGGCUUUGCUAAGACUGUGGAAAGAUACAACCCAAAUUUGAACACAUGGGAACAUGUUUGUAGUCUGAUGACAAGAAAGCAUUCUUUUGGGCUAACGGAAGUCAAAGGCAAGCUAUAUAGCAUUGGAGGACAUGGCAACUUCAGUCCUGGCUUUAAAGAUGUGACUGUUUACAAUCCCGAACUUGAUAAAUGGCACAACUUGGAAUCUGCACCGAAGAUUCUUCGUGAUGUCAAAGCACUGGCCAUAGAAGAUCGGUUUGUGUACAUUGCUGCCCGCACUCCUGUGGACCGGGACACUGAGGAUGGUUUAAAGGCUGUGAUUACAUGCUAUGAUACUGAGACUCGACAAUGGCGAGAUGUGGAAUCGUUGCCCCUUAUUGACAAUUACUGUUUUUUCCAGAUGUCUGUGGUCAACUCAAACUUUUAUCAGACUGCAUCGUGCUGUCCCAAGAGUUAUUCUUUAGAAAAUGAAGAGGCAGUAAAAAAAAUCACCAACCAUGUGUCUGAUGAGAUCCUUGAGAGCUUGCCUCCAGAAGUCCUAAGCAUUGAAGGGGCAGCCAUUUGCUAUUACAAAGAUGAUGUCUUUAUUAUUGGAGGCUGGAAAAACAGUGAUGAUAUUGACAAACAGUAUCGGAAAGAAGCCUACAGGUACUGUGCUGAGAGAAAGAGGUGGAUGCUCCUUCCUCCCAUGCCACAGCCUCGUUGUAGAGCCACCGCUUGUCACGUCAGGAUCCCAUACCGGUACUUGCACGGCACACAAAGAUACCCGAUGCCUCAAAACCUAAUGUGGCAGAAGGACCGCAUUAGACAGAUGCAAGAAAUACAUCGGCACGCCCUGAACAUGCGGCGAGUACCAAGCUCACAGAUAGAAUGCUAAAUUCUCUAACACAUGCAGCUAAAAACUUCUCCCUGUGUCGUAUGACUGAAGAUACCCAGACUGUUAACUUGAAAAAGUAUGUUGGUAACUUAUUUUCUAGCUGGAUUGAUUGUUAGCCCAUGUAAAGGAAGGGUAGUUAAGAACUGAAGAAUGGGAAACUCAGUCCAAUACAUGGUAAUCUUUGUUGUUUUGCAAUCUUAUAUCUUUGUGUGGGUGUACUAGCUAAAUCUUAUUAAAGACAAGUGGAAAAAGCAGGUCUUGUUACUUGAGGCUGUUCUGCCAACCAGUUAUAAUUCCUUUGUUUUAGAGACUUGUGUUUUGGGCUUUAAGCACCACUUUUAUUUGCACAUUUUCUUUGAUGUUCCUUUUCACUUUCUAUAGAAUGGUUCACAAGAGCAGAGUUUAUGUAUUAAGCUCUCAUCUGCAGGAGGUAUGUGCAAUAGUAAGACUGAAACCUGAAGAGAAAGCACAGUGUUUCAGGAAGAUGCUUUCAGAGUAUUUACAUUGAUGUUUUGUUGUAUGUGUUUAUCUAGAAAUGGUGUUUUGUUCAUAUAAAGAAGAGGUGACUGAUGAGAAAUUUGUGGUUACCUCAUGUAUUUAAAUAUACAUAUUUUCACUUUAGCAGCUGUUUAUAAAUUUCAAACCAUCGCUCUGAGACGAUGGCAGUUGGCUAGUAUAUUAAUCUUUAGCUGAUUGAUGGAAUGCAGACAAAAGUUACAUAUAUGAAAUUUGUUUCUCUAAGAAUUAUAACUAUAGACUGAGAAAUCAAAAGAGGUGCAAGAUCGAGGACAUGUUAAUGAACUUAAAUAAUGCCUAUGACAAUCAACACUCAAUGCCUUCAGUUUUAAUUUUUGUUCUAAUACAUACCAUAUUGAAUCUUCCUCUUUUUUUUCCUAUAAGUAACUGUUUUCAAAAUGGAAGAGAAUAACAAGUUAGAGAAAUAUUUCCCUGCUUAUUUUAUCCAGUUUCCCUACACUUUCAUUAGAACUUUGCCUGAGCCUAGAAUACCAAAUUUGGGUAUAUAGUUUUGGCUUAAAAAAAUUUAUCACUACAGUUAUCCUUUUGUUUUUGUUCAUUCUUUAUUUUUGUGUAUUUUUCGCUUUUGUUCAUUCUUCUGACACUCUCCCUAGCUUUACACAAGUUAGCACUCAGGCUGAAUAUUUUUAGUGUUCCGUUGAUCUGAUAAUUUGCACUGUGCAUCCACUUUUUUUUUUUCUUUUUAGGCACGAACUCGUUAUGUAGCCUCAGUCUCCUGAGUGGUGGGAUUACAGGCAUGUGAUAACACACCCAACUUAUUUUUUAUUUCUUAAAGAAUAGUUCCCUUUUUAGACAUUAUGGAAUACCAUUCUAGAAGUCACAGUUCAAGAUUUAUCACUCUAGUUCUUGUAAUUAACCUUCUUAUUGUGUGAUCAGACAUCAAAUGAAAAAAGCACAACCAGAACAUGUAGCUGUUUUGCUGCAAGAUUUCAUGUUUUAGCUCUUAGAUUCUAUAUAGUAAGAACUUUUCCUGAAAUUUCUAAAUUAGUAUCCCUGCCUAGAACAAAAGUUUUUAAUAAAUAUAUUGGAACUCUUACACUGGAAUGAGGCUGGGAAAUUGCAAAUUGAUUUCUACACAAGAAUAUAUUGCAUACUACUCUUCUUUUUCUCAAUUUCCAUUUCUUUAUAGUUACUUCAGUGAUUGCCUUUGGUGUCUGAGCAGCACUACAGCUUAGUGAUGAGGAGGCCAUGCAGUUAGAAAUCAUUGACUGAAGCUCCUGGAAUGAACUUUGUUUCAUAAACUGUGUGACCAAACCUGUUCUUGGUUGUGUUGAAAUAAUUCAGUGUCACAACAAGGAUGCGAGUUUUUCUCCAAAAGUGUGUGAUAUAGUUGGGGUUUUUUUUUUUAAGAAUUGUCUUGUGAGACAGUCACUACCCGUUGUUUUGUUAGGGUCUUUACAUGAUAUAGCAGAAGUUUUAGGUAUAGUCUGGUUUUGAAAACUUGAUUGAAACUUGUCUUUUUCUUAACUCAGCAGCAGCCUAGGCCCGGGCUGAAAGAAGGGGGGUAAGUCCUUGCAUGAUGAUGUGUGCAGGUUUUUCUGACUACUGAGUUUCUAAUUUUUAUACUUAAAUUCACGUGUGACUUCACAUCAGUAAUUUGUGUUUCCUAAGUACCCUAACUUGUUAAUAAGGAUAGAAAUCAGAUUUGCUUAAAUCUGUUCAAGGCUGACAUUCUGAAAUUCUAAACUGAAAGGAACUUGAGGACUUGGAACGGUUCUAAGUAUGUUGGUGAAGUCUAAUGUGGCUCUUUGGGAAAGAAAGUUUCCUUUCUGAUAAAAAGGUAAAGAUUGUGUUUGGUCAUAUAACCAGUUAAAAACACGGCUUUUUAAAAGAUUGCCUAAGGUGUAUUCAAGUAAACAUUUUUUGUUGGUUUGUUUUUGGUGGAGAGGAAUGAAUUAGACCAAAGGUGAUAACCAUAAACAAAUAUAUAUAUUAUAUAUAUAUAUAUAUAACUUCCAGGGAGGCUGCUUCUACCUUACCUGGCUUUCCUUUGACUCUACCUUCCUACCUAUGGAUUAAAAACCAGUUGUAUAUGUGGAGAAUGUCAGUCAUGAGCUUAGUGUUUAAGUAAUACAUCACUUGCAGUUUUGCAUGAAUAUUCUUGUGUAUCUUAAUAGUCAAAUUUGCUUUUGUUGUGCCAGUCCAAAAUAACUUUACCAAGAGCUCUUAAAAUUCCGUCAGCAUCAGUUUUGUUUUGAUCAUCUAUCUGGUUGUGUGUAGUAUUUCUGGGACCAAAAAAGUGAAACAUACUAACCUUUUUAAUAGGGAACAUAAGUUUAAAGCUGGAGAGAAGUAUUUAUGGGAGCUUGUGCAUUUGUGUGUUUUAAACCCUUCCAAUUGCUGGUAAGGCAGUUCCUACUGCACACUUUAUUAUUAUCUCUUGACCAGUAUAGCAUGUGAUAUGUUUAAAAUAGUUCCUUUUCCACUUCAUGAUCCUGCUACCAACACCUAUAAUAUCAUAAAGUAGACAGGAAUUGGUACUUUCCUCAAAUGAAGCUUCCAUUAAGGGCAUGCUGGCCACGUUUCAUGACUUUGAACGUGCACAGUAUUGUGAAGCCAACACUCGGCCUGUACUAGAAAAAUGCAGUGCUGUAACUGUAGCUUGUUUUUUGUCAUUCACAGCUCAUCACUCCAGUUUGUUUCUUGAAAAAAGUCCAUUUUGUUGUUGUUAUCCUUAUGUUACAGCAUGUAUUCUGGUUCUUGGAAGCAGAACAUCUCAUAGUUGAGUGCCAUAAUACAAUUGCAUAACAGAAUAGUCAUUGUGCCUCAAAAAAUUUAAUUAGGUAGCCAAAUUACUGCUCUUUGUCAGUCCCUUGUGGGACUUCUGUUUUACUCUGUGACCGUUGCUACAGUGUCUUACCUUGAAGCAUAUGUGCUAGAGUCCGUGUUAACUUAAUCCUCCUGCUGCAUGCACUUGUGAAAAGCAGUGCUUGCUAGGUGUUUGAAGAUUUUAUAAUCCAUGUCUAGGGCUGUCAGUUGUAAAAUAAAUAGUGAGUUGAUAACAGUUUUUUGGGCUAGUGGUACAAGCCCGUUUGCAAGGUCUUGACUUUCUCCCUUCAAGUCAGAGGUGAUGUAGUAUUUAGAAUGCCUAGAGACAUUAUGUUGUAAAAUAACUUGUUUUUGUUUCUAAAACUAUCUGGUUCUGUCUUAAAGCUACUAAUUGUGUCAGUGUACAUUUUCAAUAAACAUAUUUCUUUAGAGCUGG